AUGGGAGACGAGUCGAUCCAUCCGGCUCAGUCAGCCCUGGAAGAACAUGCAAUCAGCCCUAAAGGCGAGCUCGAGCUCAAUGUCGGCGGCCGCGGCGCGACACAGCGUGCUCUGCGCAAUUACCAUGUCACCAUGAUCGGUUUCUGCGGCGGCAUUGGAACAGGCCUUUUUGUUGGGACGGGCGCUGCGUAUGCCAAAGCUGGUCCUGCUGGCUUGCUGCUCGCAUACGGCGUUGUCGGCGCGGUGCUCUGGUGUGUGAUGCAAAGUAUCGCCGAGCUGGCCACUCUGUUCCCCACCGCAGGCUCGUUCCCCCACUGGGCAACCCGGUUUGUUGACCCUGCUGUGGGAUUCUCGCUGGCGAUUACUUAUGGAUACUGCUAUAAUGUCUCGCUUGCCUCGGAGGUCUCUGCGGCGGCUGUCAUUGUUGCGUAUUGGACUGAUAUAACGCCUGCGCUGGUGAUCACGAUUAGUUUGGUGUUGAUAUUGGCUGUUAACCUGAUGAAUGUGCGGUUCUAUGGUGAAACAGAAGUCUUCGGAGGGGCAGUGAGAAUUCUCUGCUUCUUGGGCUUGGUGAUUGUGUCUAUUGUGAUUACGGCCGGUGGUGGUCCAAACCAGGAGACCAUUGGGUUUCGCUUCUGGCAUACCCCUGGCCCCUGGACGGACCUUGAUGGUAUCAAAGGACCAACCGGGCACUUUCUAGGGUUCUUGUCUGCAUUUGUUAACGCCUCGUACAGCUUCGUUGGUAUCGAGACCGUUGUCAUUGCCGCUGCUGAAGCCGUCGACCCCCACCGGUCUAUCCCCAAGGCUGCCCACCGUGUCACCUAUCGCAUUGGCUUUUUUUAUAUCCUGGGUGCUCUGCUCAUCGGCAUGAUCGUGGACCCGCGCCACCCGGACCUGACCUCUGGGGACGACAAUGCCAACAGCUCGCCCUUUGUCGUUGCUAUAAAGGAAGCAGGCAUAGUGGCUCUACCGUCCAUUGUAAACGCCUGUAUCCUCAUUGCAGCAUGGACCGCAGGAAACUCAUACUGCUGGGUCGGAUCUCGCAUGAUCGUCGCCAUGACCACCGACCACCAACUACCACAGUUUUUCGGCCGCGUGAACAAGCACGGCGUCCCAUACAUUGCAGUCAUUGUCUCCUGGCUCUUCGGCCCCCUGGCCUAUCUGAGUCUCGGAAGCGGCGGUGCAUCUCAAGCCUUCACCUGGCUUCUCGACUUGAGCACCAUCUCUGGCCUGAUUGCUUGGGCUACGCUGUGUUUCUGCUAUCUUCGUUUCUAUGCUGCGAUGAAGGCCCAGGGCGUUUCGCGGGAUACGUCGCCGUGGUCUGCGCCACUGCAGCCGUAUACAGCCUGGUUUGGGUUUAUCGGUUCGACGGUUAUAACUCUGGUUGCUGGAUUUGAGGUUUUCCUCAAGGGGCAGUGGAAUACAUCGGACUUUGUAGCAGCGUAUAUUGGUAUUCCGUUGUUUAUUGCGCCGAUCUUGGGGUGGAAGAUUUGGCAUCGUACCAAGUUUCUUCGCGCCCAUGAGAUCGAUCUUUGGUCGGGGCGUCUCCAGGAGGGAGAAAUCGCGCCGCAGCCAGGCCCAAGCAACACUCUCUGGGGUCGGUUUGUCGAUUGGCUUGUAUAG